AUGGCCACCGAGUUGACCGUCCAGUCCGAGCGCGCUUUCCAGAAGCAGCCUCACAUCUUCCUCAACGCUAAGAGCAAGGCCUCCAGCAAGAAGUCUACCUCCGGUCGCCGCUGGUACAAGGAUGUCGGUCUCGGUUUCCGUACCCCCAAGACCGCCAUUGAGGGCUCCUACAUCGACAAGAAGUGCCCCUUCGUCGGCCAGAUCUCCAUCCGCGGCCGUAUCCUGACCGGAAAGGUCGUCUCCACCAAGAUGCACCGUACCAUCGUCAUCCGCCGUGAAUACCUUCACUACGUCCCCAAGUACAACCGUUACGAGAAGCGCCACAAGAACCUGUCUGCUCACGUCUCCCCCGCUUUCCGUGUUGAGGAGGGUGACUGGGUUACCGUCGGCCAGUGCCGUCCUCUGUCCAAGACUGUCCGCUUCAACGUGUUGAAGGUGUUGCCCCGCACUGGCAAGGCUGUCAAGUCUUUCGCCAAGUUCUAA